UAACGCGGAGUGUGUUGCCUGGUGACGCCGAAGCCGAACUGGCUGAUUCCUGCGCCCUCUGUCACCCGAAACAAGUUUCAAACAGACAAAUCACCGUCGAUGCAUUGAGAAUAACGCGCUCACUUCUGCUCGAACUCCUGCGGAGGGGCUUAAAACCACUCGCUAUGUGAUACAGACAGCAUCUCUGGGAGAGGAUCAUGGACAGUUACUUGUUCGUUCGAGUUGUGGGGAAGGGGAGCUACGGGGAGGUGAACCUGGUCAGACACAAAGCAGACCGUAAACAGUAUGUGAUUAAGAAGCUGAACCUGAGAACAUCCUCCAGACGUGAACGGCGAGCCGCGGAGCAAGAGGCACAGCUCCUUUCUCAGCUCAAGCAUCCCAACAUAGUCACAUACCGGGAAUCAUGGGAAGGCGAGGACUGCCAGCUCUACAUCGUGAUGGGUUUCUGUGAGGGAGGAGAUCUGUACCACAGACUCAAGCUGCAGAAGGGAGAACUGCUGCCCGAGAGACAGGUGGUGGAGUGGUUUGUUCAAAUAGCCAUGGCCCUUCAGUAUUUACAUGAGAAGCACAUUCUGCAUCGAGAUCUGAAGACACAGAAUAUUUUCUUGACCAAAACCAAUAUAAUCAAAGUGGGUGAUCUGGGCAUCGCACGGGUCUUGGAGAACCAGAACGAUAUGGCCAGCACUCUGAUCGGCACACCUUACUACAUGAGUCCAGAACUCUUCUCCAACAAACCGUACAACUACAAGUCGGACAUAUGGGCUCUGGGAUGUUGCGUGUACGAGAUGGCAACUCUAAAACAUGCCUUCAACGCAAAAGACAUGAACUCUCUCGUCUAUCGGAUCGUAGAAGGGAAGCUGCCCCAGAUGCCGAGUAAGUACGACCCCCAGCUGGGAGAACUGAUAAAGCGGAUGCUGUGUAAGAAACCAGAGGACAGGCCGGACGUCAAACACAUCCUCCGACAGCCGUAUAUUAAACACCAGAUCUCCAUGUUCCUGGAGGCCACAAAAGAGAAAACUGCCAAAUCACGGAAAAAUGCAGUGAACAGCAAACCCAGUGCCGGAUCAGAUGGCUCAACCAAACCAAAUCAUGAAGUUCAUCCACAGUGUUUUAACUCUGAGUCAAAGACCAGAAGAAAAAAGGUUGAAGAAAAUAACUUGAACCGACAACAACUCUGUAACGGUGCAGUGGAAAAUGUGGUUCCUAACCCACCCUUGCCCCCAAAAUCUCCCAGUCGGGACAUUCUUAACUCAACAGGCCAAUCUUUAGCCACUAUUAGCAAUAUAGACAUUGAAAUCCAAUCCCAGAAACAAAGAAAAGCCAAGCCGCCACAGCCAAAGCCCAGCAGCCAUCAAAACCACAAGCCUCCAUCUGUGAGCAUGAAGAAAGAAGAUCCCAGUCCUCCUCAGACACACCCUCUGAAACAAGAGUCUGGUGUCAGCAGGACGGAGGAUAAGAUGUCAGCGGAUGGAUUGAGAUCAGAAAGCUCAAAUGCUCCCAAACCUGCAGAUCGACCCAAGAACAAGGCUCUUGAAGCAAGUAUGGAUCUCAAAGAUGACACCAUGAAGCUCCUGCAGGAGGCAGGGGUGGAGGACCUCCCGUACGAGCCCACUGAACAACAUCACAGUGCUGAGAGAAAGACCGACAGCCAAAGAACUUCAACGGCUGCUGACGAUAAUCACAGCAAUGCUUGUGUCAUACAGGAUGUUCCCACUGGAAGUUCAACUGAGGAGAGCGAGGGAAGUUUAGACUCCACAGAGAAACUACUCAAGCCUGUUCCUGUCAUUUUAAUGGAGCCAUGCAAUCCCGAGUCCACAUCGCUCUCAGAUGAAAGCAGAGCCGUUCUUCCUCCUCCUUCCUCUUCCUCCGAACCAUCCCUGUCACGUCAGCGCCGGCAGAGGAAGAAGGACACGUCUCUGCGUGAACACAACACUCAUCAAGUCAAAGCCAUGCCCAGACCUCUGCCGCCUCUUCCUGAAGAUAUCCUAUCAAUAAACCGUGCACAGGAAGCCCAGAGUAACCCCGAGAAGAACAGACCUACCGAUCUCUCAUCCAAAGACACUCCAGAACAGCAGAAUCGUCCACUGUCUGCGAGAGAAAGGAGAAGACUGAAGCAAUUACAGGAGAACUCCAGACAACAAGCAGUGUCCGCUGUCAAAAGGGCAGCUUGUGAUGUCCCCUCAUUAGACCGCAAGCAGACAGACCAGCUACACUGCCCGAGACCUGCCAGCACAACCUGGGAAACAAAAAAGGUAAGUCUAAUUUUUCCUCCUCGACUCAAAACGGUCUUUCAAACACCAUACACUUCCUUCAUACUUGCGGUUUUGUUUGUCUUUGUGUCUCAGUCUGAUGAAGACGAGUGUAGUUCCUCCACCAGCUCCACUGAACGCUCAGAGGGGGACUACAGAGAACGAAAGUGUGAGACCAGUGAGAUGCAAGACUUGGUUCAAAUGAUGACUCAGACGUUACACAUGGAUGCCAGAGAUGUAUCACUACCUGAGUUCAAACUAAACAGGAAGUACAGGGACACCCUGAUGCUUCAUGGGAAAUCCAGAGAGGGACAGGGGGAUUUCCAAAUCAGUGGCUUCUCGUUAGAUGACAGCACGGGUCCAGCAAAGGUCAGGAGAGUGAUUGAGCACUUGCGAACAGAUGUGGUUAAAGCACUCGGUGUGAAGCUGUUGGACAGAGUCCUGGACAUCAUGCAGGAAGAGGAGGAAGUUAAGAGAGAGCAUUUACUGCAUGAGCAAAUGGGGGAGGAAAAAUACAAGCGGUACGCAGUGAAAGUGCGACAGCUGAAGUUCUUUGAGGACGUCGCAUUCAAAGAUUGAGCCGGAUCAGA